AUGGACUCUGGUGCUCAUCAAGUCAUCGAGCUUCUUCGGUCAUGUCGUGCCGCAUACGAACAGACAAUCCCACACCUGUCGCCCGACGAGCUCGAACAGGUCUCCCGCUAUUGGAACUCCAUUAAUGCUGAGAUGAGGAAUUCCCCUUCGACACACGAGUUUGGCACUUCGGUUCCCUCAAAGCGACCUGCAUCCUCUGUGAUGGUUGGUGUUAUGGAACCAGCGCCCAAACGUAGCGGCCAUGUAGCAUCUUUGGCUUCUUCGGCACCUACGGCCCAUUCACUUGAGCGACAUAUCUCAGCACCACUUGGCCAGUCUGCCUCAAGGACCCAGCAAGGUAGACCUUCGGUUCGAACUUCACCCCUCCCCCAGACCACGACCUCGACAACAACAACGACCACGACCACGACCACGACCAAGCCAAUGCCCAUCCCGCGACGCAACAAUUGGCAACGAAGAGGUUCCACGGCUGGCUCCUACCCCAAUCGAUACAUGGGACCCAACCUUCACUUCAUUGAGGAGGUCCAGGACAUGUCUCCCGCAGACUUCCUCGCCAAGUCACAAGAUGACUAUCAGACACCAACUAUCUCGUUGACGCCUCCCAUAGCUGUGGAGCGCGGUGAGUUCCACAUCAACCGGAUGUCUCAGCUCACGUCUCCGUAUUCUUCAGCAAUAGAGUCGCCAGGAGGAGUGUUUACUCCGAUGACGGCCACUAGUGAUUCGAGCGUGACGGCUCCGUCAACAGUGUUGUCGGAGCCCAUGUCUCGAAGCAACACAAAUGAUGUUCUCUGUGAAGGCUUUGGGAUGUUUCGCAUGGACUCGAUGUCGAUGCCGAAAGAUCACAAAGCCUCGCGCAGCAUGAUGGUUGAUUCUCAGUAUCCCCGGGAUGCUGAGUCGACUCAACAAUUUCCUUUUUCCUCUUCUGUGGUUGGAACCGGGUUCGGUUACAACGAGUUUUCCCAUUUGUCUUUUCAGGAUGAUGAGCUUCAGUCAUCGUCGUCUCCUUCUAGUUUUGAGAUGAAGAAGUCGCCUUCCUCUGGAAGCGAUGCUUCAUCUGUUUCUGUUUUGUCUCAGUCUCAUUCAUCGACGCGAGGGAUUCCGCAGGAAAUCAUUCCUCGUAGCAGUAACACAGUCUCACGACCUCUAGCUCCCAAGAUGGAGCGUGCUCAGGAGGCAUCAUUGCAACCAGUGGAGAUGCCAGCACCCAGACUUGUUGCUGUUCAAGGAGCGGACGGUACAGUAAAACACAAGGCAGAGAUCACACGCACAGUCCGACAACAGCCUCCACGUAAGACGACAUUCUGUCAGUUCUGUAACGAUCAACCCCAGGGCUUCCACGGCGAUCAUGAGCUUCGUCGACACAUUGAGCGCCACCAUUCCCAAGUGCGACGGGUUUGGAUCUGCAAAGACGCCUCGACCGAUGGCAAGUUCUUGUCGAAUUGCAAGGCAUGCCGCAGCCGCAAGACCUACGGCGCCAACUACAACGCCGCCGCCCAUUUGCGUCGCGCACACUUCAACCCGUGCAAGAACCGACGUGGCGGCCGGGGCAAGAAAAGCGAGGGUCGCGGCGGCAUGGGUGGUGGCAACACACCACCUAUGGAGUUCCUCAAGCACUGGAUGUACGAAGAGCUGGAACUCAAUGUCAACGGCCGCGUGAUUGUGCAAGACAUCAAUGUCCCCAACACGACCUUCCAGCCUGCAGUUGUCAACGAACAUAUCAAAUGCGCCUCGAAUGCCAACAAUAACGGUGCCAACAGCACUACGAGCAGUGCCAACUUCGAGUUUACCGGCGACAACGACAUGCUGCAGAAUGCGGGCAUGCCUAUGUUAGAUCUCACCCAAGAGCCGUUGUUUUACGACAACAUUCUUGCUGCCGAGAACUUUGUCAACAACGCCACCAUGUCGAUGCCCCAGGAUGCAAUGUACAGCGCAAGCGGCUUUGUCUUCCCCGCGGAGGGCUCGAACUUUGGCUUUCGGCAAUAUUGA